AUGUCGUAUCAGUAUCCUCCGCCGCCCCAGAGCGGCGCCGAUUUGGACCUUACACACUCUGGUUACUUGUCCAACUAUCCAACAUCGGCCACUUCCUCUUUGGAGGUAAGAAACCAGCACGCCCCGAGUGUACAUCCCGCGCAGCCUGUUCUCCCAGGUCAGGGCAACGUCAUGUCCCUCGUUCAGCGCCGAGAAACUCUUUCCAAAGCUCUCAAGUUCAAAAGAUCCCAAUCAUCAACUCCUAACGUGAGGCAACAGGGGACCGAGUCCACUCACGGUCAAUUUGGUUCCGCCGGUGAAAAGAAGCGCAACAAGCUUGGUUACCACCGCACCUCCGUUGCUUGCACGCAUUGCCGCCGAAGGAAGAUCAGAUGUAUCCCAUAUGUGAAUGACCCACAAGGCCGGUGCCAGAACUGCAUUCGACUGAAGAAGGAAUGCACCUUCCACAGCGUUGGCCAAGAACUACCUCCCAGUUCGAUACAGAGACCAGGAGUGCGAACUGGAGUUGGACCAAAGAUUGCGUCGGCCUCGACUUCGCCAACAGCCCCAAACCAUCCAUCUGACAUCUCUCCAAGCCAGCCGUAUCCUCAGAUAGCUACCGUGGCUUCGCUACAGAAUAUGGGGCCGCCAAUUAAGCCAGACCCUUACUCCCGGGAUGUCAAAUUGCCAUCAAACGCGACGACGAACAGGGGCUUUCAAUACGGUAACAGUGGAAACAAUUGGGUUGCGACGGAUGCAGGAACCGCUGCCUCGAAGACCCCUGAGAUGAACACAUCCUGGCGGUCUUAUACGCAAGAUUCUCCCGUCACGCCGUCAUUUGCGCCUUACACACCCCAUCCACACUCGGCAUCGACAUGGUCAACGGCACCGUUGGGCACUCCAGCCAGCAACGACUCGACGUCGCGACCCGACGAGAUUGCUUGGUCACCGUAUACCGCAGCCCCCGGAAGAUCGUUGUCCUACGGCGGCGACACCUCUCAACCAUACACCCCGGUGCCACAUGUAGUCGGCUCUGCGCCCAGUAGCGUUUAUGACAGAAGAUCCUCUAUCGCCACCGAGAUGUACCCACCGUCGAUUUCCACGACCAUGGCUCACGUAGACAGUAUCCCGGGCACGUCCAUGGAUCCAAAUGGGCCUUUGUCCGCUGGUGCUGGAAACUACGGCACAUGGCAGUACCCAUACUCGAAGACAGGAGAUGGGUACGAGAGCUGGGGUAACCAAAUCCCACCAAACACUGACCACUCAUCUCAAAAUGUCUACUACGCAAGCAGGUAA